UUCGUAUUGACAUGUCUUUCUCAUGACGUUUUGUUAUUUUAUUGUCAAAAUAAUGUAGUUUUUAUUAGUGUCAUUUUGUAAUUUGCGAAAUUAGUUCGUGUGUGAGUGGAAUCGCGCGUGGCCUCGUUCCCUUUAAAUAAUAGUAAUGCCAUUAGUGACCGUACAAAGGAGUCCGAGCACUAAUAAUGCACCAGAAGAUAUUUUUUUAAAUGAUGAUCUGUUGGUGUUUGCGGUGCUUGACGAAGAGUGUUAGUUCAGUUUAAACGAUGUUAUACAUACUCCCUCCGCCGAGGGCACCGAAUCCACCAUCUCCUUGGGAUAGUAUCUUAUGCUCAUCGGGUGUCGGUGCCGAACCUUCGACCAACACACAAAAACCCCCAUGGGACGCGAGCAAGAAUGUUAAAAGGCAUCCACCACGAGUCCGCCUACGAAAUUUAAAGUUAACCAAAGUCGCCGACGGAAGUUCAGGGGUCAUCGGAGAUGAAGUCGGCGCAGGUAGAAAUUCGAAAAGCCUUAGCGAAUGCUACUUCGCCGGAAAAGGCACUGCUCUGGUGCUGCCGGCUGAGGCCCAAAAAUCGAGUCGGCAAACCGAGGCUCACGGUAGCAACAUCCAGAAGCACUUGCAGUCGAUGUUCUACCUUCUGCGGCCGGAAGAGACCUUAAAAAUGGCCGUCAAAUUGGAAAGCGUACACUCUAGUCGAACUAGAUACUUGGUGGUUGUUUCGAGAAUGGGCAAACGUGCCGAAGAAUCUUGCCUCUUGGGCAUCGAUUGUAAUGAGAAGACUACCGUCGGUUUGGUGUUGCGAGUCCUUGCUGAUACUGCCAUAACACUUGACGGCGAUGGUGGGUUCAGUGUUAGCGUGUGUGGACGUCAUCAUAUCUUCAAGCCUGUUUCCGUACAAGCCAUGUGGUCAGCACUUCAGACUCUUCAUAAGGCGAGUUCCAAAGCGCGCGAACAGAACUACUUCCAAGGCGGUCUAUCACACGAUUGGGUCGAUUACUAUGAGCAAAAAAUCGAAUCGGAUAGAUCAUGCCUUAACGAAUGGCACGCGAUGGAUGAUUUGGAAUCGAAGCGGCCCCCAUCUCCCGAUUCCGUUCGAACGAAGCCCACCGAACGGGAGGAGGCCGAAAAAGUAAUUAGAUCCACCCUGAAAGAAAUUAUGAUGAGCGUCGACUUAGAUGAGGUCACAAGUAAAUGCAUUAGAAUUAAACUAGAGGAGGAGUUAGAUAUGAAUUUAGCCGAAUACAAAUCGUUCAUCGAUCAGGAGAUGUUAACCAUUUUGGGCCAAAUGGAUGCACCUACCGAAAUUUUUGAUCACGUGUAUUUGGGAUCUGAAUGGAACGCUUCCAAUUAUGAGGAACUCCAGAGGAAUGGCGUGCGUCAUAUUUUAAAUGUGACCAGAGAAAUAGACAACUUCUUCCCGGGGACGUUUGACUACUUAAACAUUCGCGUAUAUGACGAUGAAAAGACGGACUUGCUGAAGCAUUGGGAUAACACGUACAAAUACAUAACAAAGGCUAGAAAGGAAGGAUCAAAGGUUCUCGUCCAUUGUAAGAUGGGUAUAAGCCGAUCAGCUUCGGUCGUAAUUGCUUAUGCGAUGAAGGCGUACAAUUGGGAUUUUAAAACUGCAAUGCGACAUGUUAAAGACAAACGCAGCUGUAUAAAGCCCAAUACUAGUUUCGUAACGCAACUGGAAACAUAUCAAGGUAUUCUGGACGCAAUGAAGAACAAAGAGAAACUGCAGAGGUCCAAAUCGGAAACAAAUUUAAAAUCGCCCGGCGAAAAGGGCGAACGUUCAUUACCACCCGGUAGCCAACCCACUCCGCUACUACAAGCCUUGUCGCGAAGCGCAGUUUUGCAAACGACCAUGUCGGGGCAAGACUUACGACAGCUCGGAACGCGACCGAAGUCGUGGUCGCCCGAGAUCUCCCAGGACGCGGAAGUUCUGUCAACGUCAGUCACGCCCUUUCGCUCCCUGGAAAAUCUGAACAGAAAAUCCUUGUCGAAGGAAUCGUUAGGCUCAUUAAGGAGGCACAAAAGUGUUACAAAACUCCACAGAAAUGUAUUACUACCAUGUGAUAAUGGAGAAUCUUACAGCGUUUCCCCAAACCAAAUCAGGCACUUACCUGGACAGCUUCCGUGCGACAUUGAAGCCGUCGCGGCCACCGUCAAACAAAUGGUGAACGAAUUCGAAUUACAAAGUGAAACUGGCAGUUCCAAGGAGUGUCGCAAGAAAUUAGUUUUAAAUCUAACGCCAAAUGCGGACGAGUCGCCACCAACUUCCCCAUCAAAUAGUUCCUCAAAUCAUCCAUUGGAUGACGUUCUGCCGACAUCUAAACUAACACCGCCAACGCUUAGAGCGGUUCUCGUCAAAAAAGAAAUUUGGGACCCCGGAGAACAAAAAUCGAUCGCUUACUCAAACGACUCAACCAAUAAUGCCUGUGAUUUUAAUUGUAGUGUAAAUAGUGAACAAUGUGAACCCGAACAGACAAUGUGGACGGCCUCUACAGUACUGCAACCUGUUGAAGCAUGUGCUGCUCCCUAUAACGACAGUGUAAACGAAGUUCCUGAUACCUAUCAAACUAAAUUGUGUAAAGACGGUGAUCCAUUCUCUAAUCAAUUGGAUCGCGUAUUCGAUCGCGAGGAAAGAAAGCAACAGCGCAAUUCCGUUAUUCCACUCUUACCACCGAACAUUAUAGAGGGCGCUGCCGACGAUUCCCCCCGCGAUUGUCCCUCGAGACAAAGUUCGUGGGGCUCCUACGACAGUGCCGUAGUAUUAGGUUAUCAGAGUGAAACUCGGGACGCACCGUCGCGCCACAGCUCACUCGGAUCGGGAGACACGCGAACUUUACCUUCGCGGAACAGCUCCUGGGGAUCCUACGACAUGCGACCCGGGGGCCCCGUCUAUUAUAUGAAUGAGAAAGGCGAAAAGACUCUGCACGUCGAUACGGCUGGAAAUUGUGAUGAAACCCCCUGGUAUCCAGGGACGGUUAGGCGAUCGAAACGGAGAUUAGAGGAGGGGAAGUCGCCCUCAUUAGAAACGCUUCAAUGCGAAUUUCCGGACAGAGAAAACGUAGUUGAGGCAUUUAAUUUGGCUCUCAUAGAGAAUUUGCCCGAAAAGGAAACGGUUUCUAGUGCCAUAUCAUCCGAAAUCAACAUAGUAAAACCGAAAGAAAACAGCUUAAACGUAUAUAACUGUACUCGUUUAUCGGCAAGCGCACCAGAAAGAUCUUCGAUCGAUAUCAUCCCUCAAGAAGGUGGUUCACUCUCUCGUUCGACAUCAAAUGUUAGUCAAAUGUCAAAUUUAAAUGUGAUAUCUACUGCACAGUGCUCUUCUGUUAAAAAGCACAAACAUUUCAUGGAAUCCUUGAAGGAUUCCAAAGUACUUAAAGAAGAACUGCCACCAGAACCCGACCACAAUAUUUCGGGCAUCGUACGAAGUUUAAAAAAGGAGUUUGAGGCGAAGACUGUUACUAACGUCGAACGAAUGAAUCAAACAAAUGUGGAAAUUGCUCAGGACGACAGCUCGAAACCUAAGAGUCUACCGUCGUCGCCGCACAGCGUUCACAUUGAGAAGGAUAAAUGCGAUUUAAGCCCUACCAAUUCAGAUCCGGGCGAAGAUCUAAGCUUUAAAAUGCUAAUCGGCAAAUUUGAGGAUUGCACAAAGGGCAAGGAAUCCCAAGUUAAUCUCCGACCGAAAGUAUUCACGCCAAAUAAUCAUCGUACUAGCCGUUUUUCCUGCAUCGAGGUCUCGAACGACACUUCCUCUCGAGCGCCUCUCAUCAGUAGUUUUAAUAUAAGCAAAUCGUUCUCAGAAAAGUCGGGCAACCAUUCGAAGCGACCGCCGAUCGCUCCAAUAAAAAAUCCCACGCCUAACGUUGUCGUCGCAACCGUCAUUGCGAAGGCCAGCUUGAAACAGCAGCAGUUUGGUAAAAGUCAUCCCUUAGCUAAAAUAAAUAUAAAACCACGGCGGAAUCCUCUAUACAAUACGAUGUAAGGAAAGCUCAACAUCUGCUCACCUACUCUUAGAAAAUUAGCAAUUUUGUGAUCUCCAACGAUUGUGUUUAUAUAAAUUUAGUGGCAAGGAAUUUUGCAUUUUUUUUAGAUUCAUUUAAUAAAACAUUUUGUUACACGAUUUUCUAUUUGUUUGAAACGUUACAGAUUUGCCAAACUAUGGACCAUUUAAGCUAUAAGGAUUCUCAAGUAAACCAUCAUAAGGUAUUUUAAGCUGUUGUAACAAAGAGCAUUUUUCUUAAGUUAAAUCGUUACAGCUUAGGUUAGAUGGCUGUCCAGAAAUCUAGUCUUGUAUGUUUGCGAUUGAUUGUAUUUGUUGUGAGGUAAAAAAUAGACUUGAAACGAUAAAUUUACUCAUGCCAAUGUUAUACGCAUAAAGAUACCUCAACUUCUCUAAAAAAAACUAUAUUGUCUCUAUGUUGCCUUAAGACUUGUUAAAGAAUAUACUAUAUUUGUGGAAAAUCUAAGUGUACAGUUCUAUUUGCAAAGGACCAUAGUUAAAUAAUGGAGAAGUUGAAAGGGUAACACUUCACUUAUUACAGGUUUAUUCUUCAAGCUUUGUAUGUGUGAUAGAACAUAAAAGUUUUUUGUACUAUAGUGUGUAAAGUAUAUUUAAGUUGUAUCGCUUAAAAAUUAUUUUACGUGCAAAAAAGAUGAAUAAAAAGGUCAACAUUUUGAACAUA